AUGUCGAUACCACAACUUUUGAGUAGAGAUCCGAACGAAGAUUCGGAAUAUUCAUAUUCAAAAUCACAAAAUAAUUCUGGCGGUGUACGUGAAGAUGAUGUAUAUGGUAGAAUAUCAACAAUAGCGCAAACAACAACAGAUAGCACCGAUGAUAAAGAUAGUGCUGCUACAGUAACUGAUGUCCGAGAUUCAGGACAUUCAGGAGAUACAACCGAAGAAGAACUUAAUCUUCCGCCAUCACGAAAACUUUCAGACCAAAAGUCCGGUUUAGUAGUGAAAUUAAAAACAAUUCAAACCCCUGUACAAACGCAAAAAAUUACGUCACGAAUAUCACAAGAUCAAGAAUCGACUAAUGCUACAAAAGUCACUCAGGCAUCUAAAAUUGCGAAGCCCAAAUCUACUCGUGGUCGUAGAGCAGCAAGUUCUUCAUCAGUAGGUUCAGUAUCACAGUCUUCUCAAGUUCAAAAGCCUACAAAAGGUACGCGAGCACGUAGAACGGCAAGUUCUUCAUCCAUCGGUUCAGCCUCUCAGGCUUCUCAUGCUACUAAACCUGUAAAAAUAACUCGGAUUCAUAGAACUGCUAGUUCCUCUUCUAUUGGUUCAGUAUCACAGGCAUCUCAAGCGCAAGAGGUUACCUCUCAGUCGAAGCAAAAAAUUCAACAGAAUCAGAAAAAUAAGCAACGUUAUUCCGCUAAUUCUAAGCCACCAGGCAAAUCAGAACCUUCUUUAUCGUCACGUUCAAACAAGAAUAGUCUGACCCAACACAAAGACAUCGGGCAUACUUUUGGUUCGUCAACAAUGACUGCUGCGGAGUUGAAAUCUAAAUUUGCAUUGGCGGAAUCAAGUAGUGGUUCUUCAAGUAACAGUGAUAAAAGUGACUUUGAUGAUAGCUCGGAUUCUAGCCUAGAAAAUGAGUAUAGUGAAGAUGUUGUGAAAUAUAUGGUGCAAUUACAUCAGCGUACCAAACGUACUAUAGAUGCUUAUGAAAAAAGGUGUAGAGCAAAGAGAGAAAAGUUGCGCAAGAGAUUCUUAUUUCGUAAUAGUAACCGCAAAGAUAUCGUUAAGUCAUUGGGGACAGAGAAUAACAAGAAAAGACGAAGGCGAAUUUCACGCAAAGUCAAGAAGAUUGAUUCACGAUAUUCCAGGAAACAUGAAUAUGAUAGCGAAACCGAAGAGCAAAGGCGCGAAUCUCUUUCUUUAAAGAUUCUGAAACAAAAGGAAGCAUAUGAGCUCGAGGAACGAAGAAGAAUAUGGAAAGAUAUCGUCCGCAAUGCAAUACCAAGAGUACAUAAGAUUGUAAAUCAAUCUAUAACCUUUCGAACAAACAAUGCUCGCAAGAUUGCUCAGAUUUGUCAGAAGGAAGCUCGUAAAGCUACUACCAAAUGUUAUAGAUCUCCAAAAGAUAUUCAAACCAAGGCUAAACAGGCAAUGCGACAGAUGCUUAUGUUUUGGAAACGUAAUGAAAAAGAAGAACGCGAAUUGCGCAAAAAGGCUGAGAAGGAAGCCUUGGAAAAGAUGAGAAUCGAGGAGGAAUUGCGAGAAGCUAAAAGACAAGCGCGUAAACUCAAUUUCCUUAUCACACAAACCGAACUAUAUAGUCAUUUUGUCGGCAAAAAAAUAAAUACCGAUGAUGAUCGUGGAGAGUCUUCUUUAUCCGUCGUUGUUGCAACCAGCACUCAAGAUCCCGAAUUUUCAUCUGAUGAUCUCAAUAAUUACACUGAAAUCGACGUUGAUAUAGACUCUAUGCCAGCCACUUCAUUCAAGGAUAUCAACUUUGACGAAGAGGAUGAUAAUACACUUGUAGCGAAAGCCCGUGCUAGCGCCAAGAAUGCCCUUGCGCAAGUUAAGGAACAUACCAAGAUUUUUGAUGGUGAAAGAAAAACUCAACAUGCAGAUAUAUCCUUAUCUAAUAAGGAUUUGGAUCAUAUGAACUUCCAAAAUCCUUCAAGUAUGCCGUCGGGCGCAGAGAUCAAGCAACCUUCUUUACUUGCUAAAGUUACUUUGAAGGAUUAUCAGAUAAGGGGAUUAAAUUGGUUAGCUAAUCUCUAUGAACAGGGUAUUAAUGGAAUAUUGGCCGAUGAAAUGGGUUUGGGAAAAACGGUCCAAUCUAUAUCAUUGAUGGCACAUCUUGCAGAAACACAUAAUAUUUGGGGACCGUUUUUAGUUAUUGCUCCAGCAUCAACCCUUCAUAAUUGGCAAAAAGAAAUUUCCGAGUUUCUUCCUAGCUUCAAGACAUUACCAUAUUGGGGCAAUCCUAAAGAUCGAAAUGUACUGCGGAAAACUUUGAAUAAAAAGAAUAUGAUUUUCAAUGCUGAUGCGCCUUUCCAUGUCGUAAUUACAAGCUAUCAACUGAUUGUUCAAGAUAAGGCGAAUUUCGAGAGAACCAAAUGGCAAUACAUGAUUUUAGAUGAAGCACAAGCUAUCAAGAGCUCUUCGAGUGCUCGAUGGAAAACAUUACUAGGCUUUCAAUGUCGCAAUCGACUCUUGUUAACUGGUACACCAAUACAAAAUAGUAUGCAGGAAUUAUGGGCGCUUCUACAUUUUAUUAUGCCAACGCUUUUUGAUUCUCAUCAAGAGUUUAGUGAGUGGUUCUCUAAAGAUAUCGAAAGUCAUGCCGAGAACAAAGGGUCUCUAAACGAACAUCAACUUAAGCGACUGCAUAUGAUUUUAAAACCUUUCAUGUUACGUCGUGUUAAGAAGAACGUUCAGAAUGAACUUGGUGAUAAAAUUGAGAGAGAAGUAUAUUGUAAAUUGACCGCAAGACAACGAAUGCUAUAUCGUGGAUUGCGGGAGAAGAUUUCUGUAUCCGAACUAUUGGAAAAGGCUGCUACAUUACCCGAUAAUGACAGUGUUGAUAGCUUGAUGAAUUUGGUUAUGCAAUUCCGUAAGGUUUGCAACCAUCCAGAAUUGUUUGAAAGGGCAGACGUUGUAGCACCUUUUUCCUUCUGUAAAUUCAGUUUAACUUGGAUGAUAUCGCGCGAAGGAGAUAAUUUAUACCUUCCUUACUCGACAAAAAACAUGAUCAAAUAUGAAAUUCCAAAAACGUUAUAUCGACAUGGUGGUAUUUUGUAUGUUCCCAGCUAUAAUUCUAAUACGGGAUCUCGAACUAAAAUACUUGAUCACUUGAUGAAUAUCUGGCAGCCAGAUUAUAUAAAUGAGUCCUUUUACGAUGAAAGCAACUCUUUCGCUUUCCUGAAGUUUAUGGAUACUACUCCUUCAGACGUAUCACGAAUUUUCUUCGGCCAUAUGAUAAAAAGAUGGGUGAUGCAUCUUUUACAAAGGACAAGACGUUCGCGAAGAAAAUUUUACUUGAAUCAGGAUGACGCAAGAUAUCCAAACGCGCCAGUUAAUACUUAUGCUCGUCUUUUGAUCACAGAAACAUCGUCAAAUAUCUCUCUUAUAAAUGUUGAAGAAUCGUCUGCCUUGGGUAAUUUAACAAAUAUAUUUGCGAACUCGGCCCGGUAUGCGCUAGCUAUUCUAGAUCCUUGCUAUAUACCAAAGGUGAUUGCUCCACCCGUUGAGCCUAUCUGUCAUGACAAGUGUUUCUACAAUGAUCAAGAACGAAUUAUGUUCGACAAUUCAAUAAGAGCUACACUGAUUGGUGUUGAUCAAUUACUGAAUGAGAGAGACCGAGUUGCAAGUCCUAUUGGUCAAUUCUUAACAAGUUCCGGAAGAAAGGGUAUAAUUGGACGACCAUUAUUACGAGGCCAAGGCUUUUCAUACAUGCGUGUUCCCGCCGUGAAGAAAUUAAUCAUGGAUUCUGGAAAAUUAUUCAAACUUGAUAAACUUCUUGAAGAGCUUAAAGCCGGUGGACAUCGUGUUUUAAUUUAUUUCCAAAUGACACGUAUGAUAGACUUAAUGGAAGAAUACCUUUCAUAUCGCCAGUACAAGUAUUUAAGACUCGACGGUUCUUCCAAAAUUUCAGAUCGUCGCGAUAUGGUCGAAGAUUGGCAAACCAAGCCCGAUAUCUUCAUAUUCUUAUUAAGUACCCGCGCUGGUGGGCUUGGCAUAAACUUGACCGCAGCAGACACAGUCAUUUUUUACGACAGUGAUUGGAAUCCCACAGUUGACCAACAGGCUAUGGACCGUGCACAUCGUUUGGGUCAAACAAAACAAGUGACAGUAUAUAGGUUAAUAACAAAAGGGACGAUCGAAGAAAGGAUAUUACAACGGGCUAAACAAAAAGAUGAGAUUCAAAAGGUCGUUAUAUCUGGUGGUGAAUUCAAGCAAGUGGACUUCAAGCCGCGUGAAAUCGUGUCUUUGCUUCUCGAAGACGACGAACUCGAAGCUAAACUCCGCGAUCAACAAUUGAAACGCAAGAAUGAUGAAGAAGACACAAAGAAAAAGAGUCGUUCAAAUAAACGCAGAAAGAAGGACACGAAUUCCGCGACCAUCGUUGGUUCAUCAAAAAGCCUUGAAGAAUUAUGGCAUGAAGGGGAACCUCCAAUGGCGGAAACAGAAGGCAGCGGUGUUACAACACCAGCUUCCUCAGUUGGAGGAAAUAAAAGGAAGGCCAAGGCGGUCCCAAAGCCUGCGCCUGUUAAACGGCGUUCAACUAGGGCUACCCGUGGCACAAAGACUCAGGCACCUGUCUCUGAACCUAUGGAUGUUGAUUCGUAA